UUUAUUCGCACUCCGCUCCGCACUAUUUCUGUAAAUGCAGCGUAAAAUGGCGCUAAGUCGUGAACGUUAUGGCAAAAUAAAGUCAGUCGCAUAUUGGCUUUAAUCAGUGUUACCAGUUCUGUUCGAAAUUUAAAAUUUAAUUUAUAGUUUACAAUCUUUUGAAAAUGUUUAAAGCCAUUCUAAGUGUUACUUUCCUUUUCCUCUUGACAUUUGCCUCCAGCGAGGAAAAAGGAAAUCGUCAAAUGAGAUUUUUAUCGUUUAAUGCGGAAAAUGAAGAUGUUGAAGUUGGCCUGGAUUUUUCAAUACCUUUUAUUAAAAUACCACUCAAAAAAACAUUUAACGCUGUAGCUGAAUUUGGCAUUCCCGGUUUUAGUUUAUCGAAAAUUAAUAUAAAUCCAAUCGCACUUGUGCUUGGGGGUAUUAUUAUUAUUUUUAUAAGUUUCGUCGCACCUUUUGUCAACAAAGUCUCUGAUUGGCACCACUUGGAGCGAUCCUCACGAAAUGAUGACGAUAUAAAUGAUUUCCAUACAUUUUUUAUAACGGACCAGCUGGUUGCUCAUAGCCGAGCUUGUCCUGAACGAGUCGCUUGCUGGGCGGGCAGAAGAAAUAAAAACACUGGAAAUAUGAAGACUUGGAAACAUAUAAUGAGUAACAAAUUGUUAUCGACGAUGGUCAAUACUACAGCCCUUCAAGAAGCUACUCUGAGAGGAAUUAAAGGGCAGGAUUGUGAUUCCUAUAGCCCUUGUCCGAUAGAUGAAAAAUCUUUGCCAAAAUUGAUGAAAAACUUUGCAGUUUUAACAAAUUCGAGAUAAUUUUCCAACGCACUUUGUAAUCAUUCUCUUUAAGAUUGUCAUUCGUACUGUUGAUCCAAACAUAGACAUUAUA